CAGGUCCCGCCCUAAACGCGCCAGGCACGGGCGAAGGGACCGUGAUCUCCGUCCGGGACCCCUGCUUCGAGGCCGCCGCAUGGGGCUGCCGCAGCCGGGGACGCCCGCUGCAAGCCCGCUCCGCGCGUCCGAAACGCUCGAGGCACGGGAGCUGAAGCCUGAGCACCAGGCCCAUGGCCCUGGGGGAAGAACAGGGGGUCGCCCCCGAAGCCGAGCCCUCCAGCCGAUGGACAUGCAAGCAGCAGGAGGGGGACUCCCUGAGCCCCCUGAGCAAGGAGCAGCCGCUCCGCCUGGAAGCUGAGGGGGGCCCUGCCUCCCCCGUGUGGGGGGCCGAGGGGUGCCUGGCGCCUGCCUGCAGCAGUGGGGCAGUCUCCCAGCUGCAGGCCGACAGCCCUGGCCGUGAGCCCACCCCCAGGUGCCUGGUACCUCCAGGGGAGCCACUACUGCCUGCUCAAGGACAGAUGGAGGAGGCCAGGCCCUCUGCCCCCGAGGUGUGCCCUCAGAGCCCCGCUGUGGCAGAAACGACAUCCCUUUGCUCAGGACACGGCGCUGACACAGAGGAGUACCCGUCAAGGUGGAGGGCGGCGGGGAGCCCCCGGGCUGCUGGCCCUCUGUGUGUCGGCAGCAGUCUCCGCGAUGCUUCCCCCGUCCAGGUGGCCUCCUCCUGGGAGCUGGUGGUCCCGCCGGGCACCCCGUCUGCCCUGGGCCCGGGCCCUCAGCUGCAGUGGUCGUCACAGCCCCUGUCCUCCGGCGUUGAGGAGCCCGCGCUGGGCAGAAGACGCCUUUCCUUCCAGGCUGAGUACUGGGCCUGCGUGCUGCCAGACUCGCUGCCCCCCUCCCCUGACCGCCGCUCCCCGCUCUGGAACCCCAACAGGGAGUACGAAGAGCUGCUGGACUACACCUACCCGCUGAGGCCCAGCUCUCAACUCCGGAAGCACCGUGCCUGCCGUGUGCCAGCUGACCCGGCCCUGCAGGACUCCGGGGUGGACCUGGACAGCUUCUCUGUCUCCCCAGCGAGCACCCUCAAGUCCCCCGCGAACAUCUCCCACGGCUGCCCACUAGCAGAGGCAACUGCCCUGUCAUUCUCGGGGCCCGCUGAGCCCCACCUCAAGCGGCGGCCCUCCAGAGCACCCCCGAAACAGGGUGGCCCGGGGCUCACAUCAGGGGCCCAGUUUGCCUCGACCCCCAUUGCCACCAGCAGUCGGGAUGGUCCCCAGGAGAGCCGAGAGCCAGUCCCGAGGCGCCCAGCGGCCUGCCUGCCCAGGGACAGACGCCUUGAGCUGGGCGCCCAGCUGAAGACCUGGAACAGGCCCGCACCCCGGCCAGGAAGCGAGAAGGGGGGCCAGCAGAGUGAGGGGCGCUCCGGAUGGCGAGCUGAAGUGGAGGUGGAGAGUGACGACGAGUACCUCGCCCUGCCCACUCGGCUUACGCAGGUCUCCGGCCUGGUCGCAUACCUGGGUUCCAGCCCUACCCUGGGGAGCCCGCCCCCGGGGGCUGCCAACGCUCAGAGCUCCUUUGGGGCCUCGGACAGCGAGGGGCCCACUUCCCUCCCGUCAGACUCCAGCCAAAGCCAGCUCCCCUCCAGGGCGGCCCUCAGAGGGGCCAGAGCCCCAGCGGGACAGAGCCCCUGUUUCCUACGCCCCUCUGUCCAGGCUCGGGACUCUGCGGGGGCUCCGGGUGUAGUCAGCAGCCAGGCUCGGGGAGUCUCUGCCGGACUGCUGAGGGCGGCCGCCUGCCUGGAGGUCGCAUCGAGCCCAGAAGUGGGAGGUCCGCCUCGAGAGGGAGAGCAGGGGAGAGAAUCGUUGCUGCAAUGUGUGAAGACAUUCUGCUGUCAGCUGGAAGAGCUGAUCCUCUGGCUGUAUACUGUAGCAGACAUUACCAACCACUUGGCACCACCCAAGUCCAAUCUUACAGGUCUCAAGUCUUCUCUGCAGCUUUACCGGCAAUUUAAGAAAGAUAUAGAUGAGCACCAGCCCCUAACAGAGAGCAUCUUACAGAAAGGAGAAAUUCUUCUUCAGUGCCUGUUGGAUAAUACCCCAGUGUUAAAGGAUGCCCUCGAGAGAAUCUCCCAGCAGCCCAGCAUGCUGGAGAGUCACGCAGAUCACCUGUAUGACUCCCUCCUUGCCUCUCUGGAUGUGCUGGCUGGCUGCACUCUCAUCCCCGACAGUACACUGAGGACACAUCCAGAUACAGACCUGAAGUUCAGCCUGUCAUCUCCUCAGGCAGAGACAUAAUCUACCAGUCAAAAUCCAGAUGGUGGGAAACUUUCAGGAAGUUCUUCAGUAAGAGCCAUGUUAACACUGAACUAUCAAGAGGGAAACAACUCUAAUGUACUAGAGCUUUAGAAUGCCUUUCUCUUCCCUUAAGUAAGGUUGUUGAGUUAACUUUUUUUUUUUUUAAAUUUAAAACAAAUUCUUCCAAACUAAGGUUUUUCCUUUUGGUGCUUCUCUACAAAUACAAUCUGGCUUUGCAGUUUUGAUAAAAUGAUAGGAAGAUUGUUUUUAUUCUAAACCUUUAUCCAGUUUAAAAAAAAAAAAAAGAAGGAGCCGAGAAAUAAUAAAGGAGUUAAGAUGUUUGCUUGCAUGUGGCCAGUGCCACGUUUAGUCCCUGGCACCACAUGGUCCCUUGAGCAUCCACAGGUGUGGUCUGAAUAACCCUUGGCACCAGAGCAACACUGCAUCCUUGGCUCCCUGACCCAAGUGUCUGAAAUUACAGGUACAUGCUCCAGCUCUGCCCAGAGAGCAAACAAACCCUAAAACUACCUGCUAAGAUAAUUUAAAGGGGCCAGAGAUCACAACAGAUAGAGGCUUGUCUUGCAGGCAGCCAACCCAGGUUCAGUCCCAUAACAGCACCUCGUGUUCCCCCAAGCUCACGAGGACUGAUCUCUGAGCACAGAGCCAGGAGUAAGCCCUGAGUACUGCCAUCUGUGGCCCUACAUCUGGCAUACAACAGUGCCAGAGAUAGGCCAUGUGUGUUCUGUCCAGUGCUCCCCCCAUCACCAACCCCCCACUCCUAAAGUAGAAUAUUCCCACUUGGCAUGAUUCGGCAUGUAAUUUUUUGAUCCUGGGAAUACUUUUUUUUUAAUUACAUAUAAAUUGUGUUCCCUGACCUAAAAAUAUCUACCUAUAUAUAUAGAUCAAUGCUGGCAAAAGUACAGCAAGUAGGGCACUUGCUUUGCAUAAUGCCAGCCCAGGUUUGAUGCCCCUGCCAGGAGUGAUUGCUGAGCACUGCCAGGUGUGGCUCAAAAAUACAAAAAAACAGCCUGCCAAAUAUGAUGGCUGUACUUCAAGAGAGAGGGAAAAGCUUGUACUUACUCAUUUUAGAACCCAAGCGACUGAAAAAGUGAAAGGUCAGGAAGGUUACAAAAUAAAGCUUAUUAGGUUUAUAAGCUACUCAAGAUACUAGGAGAGACUUUAACCCUCCAGAUUAAUAGACUGUUACAAUCAAAUGAAUCUCUACAAAAUAUCUGGGACUGCAUCUUUAAGACUUAAGGAUCCAUCUGUCUACCUAAGUAAUACCUUAAAACAAAAUGUGAUGGGGAAAACAAUUGGCAAAGGGUAGGUAAAUCAGUAGAUGAGCAGAAACAGCUUUGGACUAACUGCCUAUCCACCUUAAGGGUUCCACUAGGAUGAUGCAUCCAUCCUUACUGGCCUCCUCCUCCCCAUCCCCCUUGGACAAGUAGCUCAAGGUCAGGGAAGGGAAGAGUAUCUGUAGCAUUACCCAGCCUCAUUAACUACAGAAACUAAGGCUAAAAAUACACUGUAGGAGAGGACAAAAAGGACCUCAUUGUUGAUGAGGAGUAGACCUUUAAGUAACCUGAUAGGAAAAAAACUGUUUAAGCAGACACUUAAAGAGUCAAUUCUUUGUCUUGUGUUUGGUUCUGUGAUUUAAACCCAGGAGUUCACACAUGUGCAGGCAAAUACUCUAAGGCUGAGCUAAUUCUAUAAUGUUUUAAAGCAAAAUGACUGGCUAAAUGCUGGUAACCAAGUUAUGCAAAAACAAAAGCAUGACUUUCUCCAUUUUUGAAAAAGGUUAACUGAGUCAUGAACAUGGGAGGAAAAUACAUCCCCCUUAACCCCCUCCCCAGCCUCCUGUCUGGUAAUAUAAUGGGCUAAGGCUUAAGAAAGAGUUUUUCAUACUUACAGGCCAAGGUAAGCACCUAAAAACCUUUAAUUUAAACUCGAUUCUCACCUGAGGAGGGUGCUUAACCUUAUUAACAAAAUGAACAAAUCAUCUUGAACUUAACCUUAUUAAUGAGAUGAACAAAUCAUCUUGAACUCAGAGCAUAAUUUUGGAACACUAUGCAGACCUGUAAUAGCCUCUCAAAACAAAACUAAAUUAAAGAAAUUUAGGGCUUCAGAGUUGGGAACUAAACCACACAAACGUUUAUGCAGUGCCAGGGCUUGACCCUAGGGCCUCACACAUUAAACAUGCACUCUACCACUCGGCCAGUAUCCCCCAGUCCUAAGCCACACGGUCUUAUUAAUAUUGCCUUGUGCAUCUUAUGAGUUAUUAAUUUUCUUCUUUAUAGUAUCUCAAACUUUUUAGCAACUGGAAAAUAUUUAAAGAUUAACUAUAAAGCACUAGGUAAGAUUCAAUAAUAGCAUAUAAAAUGGGCUAUUUCAAGUGCCUGGAUUUACUGGAUUUACCACUAUGCUUAAGAGUAUGAUCAAAAUUUUUUAUUUAAAUACACUGAGAUUUUUUAAAAUGAAAUCAUUUUUGGAAGAAUUAGAUUUCUGAUGAUAGCUGAUGAUGCUCUGGGUUUGCUCGCAGUGGUGCUGGGGGCAGACAUGUGGAACCAGGGGUCAAACAAGGAUUGCCAGCACCAAGGCAAGUGCCUUAACUCUUUUAUUAUCUCCGGCCCCCAUAACAUUUUUUAAAUGCCCAAGAUUGGUAUUAAAAAUACUUAUAUCUGAUGGUAUCUUUACUUAAAUUGACAUAUAUUUUACCUUUUCUUUGCUAUGGCUAUAUAUUGGUACAUGCCUUCCCACAGGAUAACUUUUAGGAGCUAAGGCCAUUUACUAAUAUUUGAUAGGCAUGAAAAUAGCUCUUUUGUUAGCCAAAAAAAAAAAAAAAUCCAAAAAGUUUCAAGGAAAGUAUUAGUUUACUGAGUUGUCUAGGAUAUUUUUGUUCAUUUUCUUUGAAAUAAGGUACGGUCAAGGGUGCUAUCUGGAUCUAGCUGUCAAUGUCCCCACGGUGCAGCAGCACACUAUAAUUUUAUCUAAAGUGGUGCUUUAACAAGUCUUAAGACCUCCCCUGAAAUCAAGCUAAAAUUGUUUUUAGCCUAGAAAGAUGCCACCAGCAGAAAGGAUUCCAUGUGCAGGUGUGGCCAGGCUGAGUCAAGUAUCCUGGCUGGGCGUUUUACCUGUAGUAAAAUUCCACAGUACUUGUUUAAACGGAUAGAACUGAACUCCACAGGGAAAAUAGAGUACUAAAAGCUGGACUGGCAGUGUUGACAUAUGGCUGCUACUCUAAGCUCCCAGUUCUAAGUCAAUAUAGGGCAGUUUUGAAGUUUAAAUGGGAACAUAAAAUUUUUGCUGCAUAAAGAAAAUUUUAGUCAGUGGUGGCUUUCAUUCUGCAGGGUUUUCUAGUGCUUGUCACUGCUUAGGUUUGGAAGACUUCAUUUGUGCAAGUUAAUUUGUGGUCGCCAAUUAUAAUUAAAACAAUAAUCAGCGCUAUCCUUUGUAAAGAAACGAAUUGUAAAGAAAAAAAUGAAAUUUUCUUUUUUGGGAGGAUUAGAUUUUAUUAAACUAUUAAAACCACUGGCUUGAGUUGUUUGUAUUUGGAAAUGGAAUUAGAAAUGUUUUCAAAACUGAAUUUGUUGGCAUUUCAUAAAAGCUAAUAUGCAGCAUGCUGUAGUGUCUUUUGCUAAGACUCAAACUGUUGACUGUCAUGAAGAAAAUAAUCGAAUUUUCAAAAUUAAGUAUGUAAAUACACUUAACCUUACAUUUAUGUUACUUUUUGCUAACACCCAAGUUUGAAUAAAGUUGCUUAAAAGUGCAUGGCAUUACACUAACAUUUGUAUCAGUUGAUCUAUGUCGAAAAUUGUCUCUGAACUCCUUCCCCCAUUGUAUUGUACUGAUAAGGCAAAAAAUAAAUCUAUUUGAAGUAUUAAAAGAAAGAUCUUUUCCCAAACACCCACUGUUAACGUCAGGAAUUUUCCAGCUGCCUUAUAAAAGGAUAAAUAGAUCCAACAAGCACGUCUAUAAUACAAAGUAAACUAUGAUUUUAUUGUGAAAUUCUCAUAGAUGGAAAAUGUAAUUUGAAUAUUAUGUCCAUUUCGUUUUACAAUAAUCUUACCACUUAUUUUUGUACCAUGUAUUUCAGUUGCCUGUUUGUGAAAAUAAAGGAACCUAUUAAUUUUU